CUUUCACAAGCCUCACACCUGCCUGAGCCAUUCAAAGCACCAUGGCCAGUAGACAGUUGCGCAAGCUCCGGAAGCAGCAAGAGCUGCUCAGCCUCCAAAAUGAGGCUGCAGAGAGGUCUGACGAUUCAGGGGACGAGCCUAUUGUGACAAAGCCCCGUGGCAACAUCUUCUCAGGAUUUGCAGCUCUCGGCGAUGAGGGUGAUGAUUUUGACGACGACGAUGAGGAGCAGAAGGGUGAAACAGAAGACCCCCGGGAAGCACUUCGGGAGCAGGCAAGCGGGCAUGCUGAAACCAAGAAGAGCAAAAAGAAGUUGAAGAAGAAGAAAAAGAAGGGCAAACAGGCCGAACCGCCCGCAUCAGUCAAAGAUGAGCGCGAGUCCAUUGAUGAGAUCGACCGGGUGCUAGAAGAGCUCAAAUUGGAGGCUCAGCAGGCGACCGGGAGUGCCAUAACCCCGCCUGUGGCAGACGAGUCGACCGGCGGACUCAAUGAGCUCCUGCGCAUUAAUCUCCAACAUCUCAAGGCCAUGAACGAGAUGCGCAGGCUCUUUGGGAAGGCCAUGGACAUGGCCGAGAUUGAGGAACGCGCCCAAGACACUCGCCAGCGGGCCUUGCCCGAGAACAUGGACCUCGAGACCUUCCUGAGUGCUCGGGCAGCUCACCCUGGGCAAGGGCCCCAGGGCAACAAGAGUAUGUUCGACACCAUUCUGCGCACAAAUCCAUUCAUCGACGGCAAGAAGACAUGGCCCCGCGGCUCAGCCCAAGGUCUAAAGAUGAUCCGCGUUACCGAGGGUUCUCGGGACGAGGUCGAGUUCGCCUUUGCCCAUGACAAGGCCUACGAUGCCCUGGAAGGCAGUUUUUUUGGGCUGGUCCAGAUGUACGACCCCAUGCAGAUCGUCUACUUUUUGCACCGCUACCCCUACCACAUCUCCUCGCUUAUCCAAGUAAGCAAGGUCGCUCGACAGGAUCAGAACACUGCGCUCGCAGCCGACCUCAUUGAGCGUGCCCUCUUCACCUUUGGAAGGGCCAGCCUCAGCGAAUUCCGCAGAAAGCUGGAAAAGGGCCAGGCGAGGAUGAGCUUUGCCAGGCCCGAGAAUCGCCAGUUCUACCUCGCCGGCCAUAACCUCAUCCAGAAGCUGGUCCUGAAAGGCACCUACCGGACAGCCUUGGAAUGGGCCAAGCUGUUCCUAAGCAUCAACCACGAUGACCCCUACGGCAUGCUCAAUUGGAUCCACGUCCUCGCCAUCCGCGCCCGCGAAGCGCAAUGGUUCAUCAACAUCUGCAAGUCCGACCUCUUCAACCGCCCGGAACCCACCAGCAACAUCUACGCACACCAAACCCUCGCCCUCGCCUACUUCCAACUCCAAGACCUCGAAAGGGCCAAAUACACUCUCAUAAAAGGCAUGGAGACCAUCCCGUGGGUCUACUGCGCCCUCUUCAGCGCCCUCAACCUGGACACGCCCAAGUCCCUCUGGGGCAUCCAGCCGCGCGACCAAGACGAAGCUCUCCACACCCAGCUCUACAUCCACACGGCAAAAGACCUCUGGAACACCCCGCAACACAUCUCCCUCCUCCAAUCCGCCGCAGCGGCUGCGUCAAGAAUAACCGACCUCGCCGCCCUCCCCCCAUCUCCGCGCGUCACUCUCUCCACAGCCCGCUUCAUCUACCUGGACAACACGCCCGCCCUGAUGUCGGCCGUCCCGCGCCAGAUGCUGCACUCCGCCGUGCCCAACUUUGAUUUCGACCCGCUGCCCCCGCCGAGGGAGCAGAAUGUCUUUUCCAGCUCGACGCAGCAGCUGCCGUGGACGACGAUCGAAAACGAGCGCAUCUCCGCCAGUGGGGGGCGACGGCGCGAAGAUUUGCAAGCUGCGGUUGCGAGGCUGAGAGAGGAGAUUGAGCGCGAGGUGGAAGAGCAGUUGCGGAUGAGGAGGGAGGAGGGGAGGGAGGUUGCCGGGGAGAGGGAGAGGCAGCAGGAGCGGGAGCAGGGCCGGCGGGAACCCGCUGCACCGGGGAUCAUGAAUUAUCUGAGAUAUCUUGUUGGUGAAGGGGGGUUGGAGGUUGGUGGUAAUUGGGUUGGGGAGUGGGAAGAUCCUCCUAUGGGAAUGCCCGGGGGUUGGGGGGAUUGGGGAGAGGAAGAGGAUGACUUUGAAGGAGGGGAUGAUUUUGAGGAGGUGGAUGAGUUUGAAGGGAUGGAUGACUUUGAGGGUGGGGGACAUGGUGAUGAGGAAGGAAGGGGUUGAGCGUGAGGGCGAACAUUAGGCUCGUGUGGGCUGCUCUUGCUAGUUUGGCUGUGAGGAGGUCAGACUGUCCCCCGGGACCCUGAAAAAAAUAACAGAG